UUUCUACAUGCAGGUGGGAUUAAAGCGGCACAAAGAAACCAGCGGCUAUAAACUGACUUCAUUUCCCAGGAUGCACCGCUCCUGCCGUUUGGCCAUAUUGGUUUUUUUUUGCUACAUUGGGCCACUGGUGUCACAACUGAACAUUUGCAGUCAUGGCUCAGACGGUGCAGACCAAUGGGGUCCAGUCCCUCAGUAAGACCUGGGAGCUGAGUCUCUAUGAGCUCCAGAGAACACCACAGGAGGCCAUAACGGACGGCCUGGAGAUCGCAGUGUCCCCCCGGUCCCUGCACAGCGAGCUGAUGUGUCCCAUCUGUCUGGACAUGUUGAAGAACACCAUGACGACCAAGGAAUGUCUCCACCGCUUCUGUGCCGAUUGCAUCAUCACAGCUCUGAGGUCUGGGAACAAAGAGUGCCCCACCUGUCGGAAGAAGCUGGUUUCCAAGCGCUCGCUGCGUCCAGACCCCAACUUUGACGCUCUGAUCAGUAAGAUCUAUCCCAGCAGAGACGAGUACGAAGCCCACCAGGAGAGAGUUCUGGCUCGCAUCAGCAAACACAACAAUCAGCAGGCUCUGUCCCACAGCAUCGAGGAGGGGCUGAAGAUCCAGGCCAUGACCAGGCUGCAGCGAGGGAAGAGACACACCGUGGAGAACGGCAGCGGAGCCGAGGACAACGGAGACUCCUCCCACUGCAGCAACGCCUCCGUCCACAGUAACCAGGAGGCGGGUCCGAGCAUCAAGCGCACCAAGACCAGCGACGACAGCGGUUUGGACAUGGACAACGCCGCCGAGAACGGGGGAGGAGACACUGUGAUCGAAGGAGGCGCCAGCGAAAUCGAGCUGGUGUUCAGGCCGCACCCCACCCUGAUGGAGAAGGACGACGCCCACAACAGUGUGGAGUUUGUUCCUCGCUACAUCAAGACGUCUGGAAACGCCACCGUGGAUCACCUGUCCAAGUACCUGGCGGUGCGGCUGGCCCUGGAGGAGCUGAGGAGAAACGCCGAGGCCAGCCCCGUGAACAUGGAGGCGGCGUCAGAGAAGCAGUACACCAUCUACAUCCCCACGGCGGGGAACCAGUUCACUGUUCUGAACGGGUCCUUCUCCCUGGAGCUGGUCAGCGAGAAGUACUGGAAGGUCAACAAACCCAUGGAGCUCUACUUCGCCCCCACCAAGGAGCACAAGUAACCAGCAGCGCCGAGCCAGAAGCACGGAGGCCCCACGGACGCCGCUCAAUAGAAAAACUCCACUUUUAUAUUUCCUGUCUUUGUCAGACGGCAGCAGGUCAGGGCGGGGGGAGCGGUAACCAUGACAACCACCAGAGGAACCAGGUUCCUUCAUCAUUAACCUGGACAUGGCGUCUGCUCCUCUUCCUCAUUUUAGUUUAAGUUUUGGACCGGCACAGGCGGGCCUCCAUCAUCAUCAUCAUCAUCCUCUCUGUUGUCCUGAUCUGUUGCCAUAGCAACCGAUGCUGCGCUCUGCAGCUCAUCCUUUUGAUAAAUGUCUUUUGUAUCAGACCACUACAGUAUUCAGGACUGCAAAGCGGAUCAGAACCGUCUCCUUUUAUCGUAGGUGUAAUGGUCCAAACCACCAGCAGGGGGCACUAAUGCUAACAGCUAACAUUUGGACUGGUUCCCUCUGCUGCUGGACCAGAACCAGGACCGUUUCAUGUUUGGGUUCAAACUGGUCCCUGAAGCGAAGGAUCGACCCGACCCGGUUCCUUCCAGAACCUCCACCCAGACCCGGUUCCUUCCAGAACCUCCAGCCAUGAUGGAACGUUG